CUUUAGUGACGGAUGAGAAUGGUGGGAUAAGAUGCUCCUCUUUUGUGGGUUUAGGAGUUAGGGUUUUUGGUAUGAACCAUGGAUGUUGCUCUCUCUCCCUCAGUCACCACCACCUUCAACCCAACCCUAAAAUUCUCUAUAAAGCCUCCCAAAUCUUGCAAUCUCUUCCCAGUAACUAUCAAACUCAAUUCCAACAACAACCACCAUUCCUCUGCAAUCAUCUGUGCUUUCAACCCACAUAAUCUCUUUUUCAUUUCUUCUUCUUCUUCAUAUUCAUCAAUUUCAACUGUAUCUUCAUCAACAACAACAUGUGCAUCAUCAACAACAUCUACACCUUUCACUACUUCAUCUUCUACUACCAGUGCUCACAAUCGCCAUUGGAUGGUGGUCAUGGAGACUCCUCCACAGGGGCUCAAUUCCAAACCGCAAAUCAUUGAUUACUAUGUCAAUACCCUACAGAGUGCUUUGGGCAGUGAAAAAGAUGCUCAGAUGUGUAUAUAUGAUGCUUCUUGGAAUACCCAUUUUGGUUUCUGCUGUGACAUUGAUGAAGAAACUUCCCAUGAGCUUGCCGGUUUACCGGGGGUGUUAUCUGUUAGGCCUGACCUGGAUUUUAACUCUGCAAAAAAGGAUUAUGGUAAUUCAGAGGUUCAGUCAGGUUCUCCUUUGAGUACAUUAUCUGGAAGCACUCUAUUGUUUCCUGUGGGGAAGUCUAAGCACUGGCUUGUUCGAAUGGACAAGCCGGCAAUUGGUGUUGUCACAAAGGCACAGAUGGUUGAUUAUUAUACUCAACUACUAACCAAGGUGAUGGGGAAUGAGAAGGACGCCCAAAUGUGCAUAUACCACAUUUCCUGGCAAUCUGACUUUGGAUUCUGUUGUGAGCUAGAUGAGGAGUGUGCACGAGAACUAGCAGGUGUGCCUGGUGUGUUAUCUGUUCAGCCAGAUGAAAAUUUUGACUCAGAUAAUAAGAAUUGUGGAGGUGAGAAUUUGCAGCUGUCUGGUAAUUCCCCAGAUUCUUUAGCAGCAAAUGAAACAACCAAUGUGAAAACAAAGAAGCUUUUUGUAACUGGUUUGUCAUUCUAUACAUCUGAGAAAACUUUGCGUGCAGCAUUUGAGGGCUUUGGUGAGAUUGUUGAAGUUAAAAUUAUAAUGGACAAGAUUUCUAAAAGGUCCAAAGGUUAUGCCUUUGUGGAGUAUACCAGUGAGGAGGCUGCAGGUGCAGCUCUCAAAGAGAUGAAUGGCAAGCUCAUGAGAUUGGAGGAUUGUAUCGACAUCGUCAUGGCAAUAGGAAGCUUUUUGUGUUCGGAGACUCGUAUGCAUGAUACUGGGAAUUGUCCCAAAUCUUUUGCAGGCUCGUGGAAGGAACCUUAUGGGAUCACUUUUCCGGGAAGACCAGACGGCAGGUUCUCCGACGGUCGUGUCCUGACUGAUUAUAUAGCUUCAUUUCUUGGUAUACCAUCUCCAUUGCCAUACAAGGGGAAAUCUGGCAAGAAAUUGCUUCAGUUUGGAAUAAAUUUUGCAUAUGGAGGGACUGGUGUCUUCAACACAUUGGCCAAAGAGCCAAACAUGACAACCCAAAUAAAUUUCUUUCAACAACUUCUUGAAGAAAAAGUGUACACCAAACACGACCUAAACUCCUCCAUCGCUCUGGUGUCUCUUGGUGGCAACGACUAUGCUACUUUUAUGGCUACGAAUGGGAGCCUGCAGGGUAUCCCAACGUUCACAGAAACUGUGAUUAACCAGCUUGCCCUAAACCUAAAGCGAAUUCAUGGAUUGGGAGUGAAAAGGAUAGCUGUCACUGCAAUGGAACCUCUCGGAUGCUUGCCUGUAGCCACAGCUUCAAACUCUUAUCGGAAUUGCAGCGAAACUGAGAAUUCACUCACCAAUUUCCACAACCAAAUUUUGCAGCAAACUGUGAAGAAGCUCAACAAUGGAAGUGGCGAUCAAGUGUUUGUAAUCAUCGAUCUACACACAGCUUUUUUGUCUGCUUUGAAUUUACAACAAAAUCACACAGGGAUUUCAGAGUUUGAGAAUCCAUUGAAGCCAUGCUGUGUUGGAGUAGACAGAGGAUAUUCAUGUGGGAAUGUUGACCAGAGUGGAGCCAAGAAGUAUACUGUUUGUGACAAACCCCAACUUUCUUUUUUCUGGGAUAUGAUACACCCUUCAAACCAAGGCUGGUUUGCAGUUUAUUCAGCUCUUCAGUCUUCUCUCCACCUCCAACUUUACUAAAGUAAACCUUGCUUUAAUCCUCACCUUGUCACUAUCAUUGUUGCUGUUGUUUCUUCAUUUUAGCGGGAUAUUAGAUUGAAUGAUCUGUAGUUGAUUAAGUGGAUGCUUGAAAAGCAAAUAGAAACCAAGGGAAAACAAAGAAAAUUAAUGCUGUUGAUCAACUCUGUCACUUGUUUUUUUAAUUCUCUAUGGUUAUUUUGAGCAGUGUUAUACAAAUUUUAUUUUAUACAUUGAUAUGUCAUGCAAUAAAUUUUUUUUUAAAAAAAAUCUUGAAGAUGACUUACUUUAAUGAUGUGAUAGAUUCUAGCCUUAGCAUUAGAUCAUGUUUUAGCAUUACUGCAGAGUUUUUCUCUAGUUGAGAGAAGUGCAGUUCCAUCAAAUUUCUACUAUGGUGAUUUAAGUCUUUUAUUUUGUAGGUUCUUAUGAGUAGAUCUUUAAUGAAAAAGAAUAAUCAAAUUGAUCUGAUAUUGUAGACACAAAAUUUAACUUAUUUGUAUGUAUUUUACUUAGGAAAUUGAAAUCACAUAUUUAAAAAAAGGUGGGAUGUUUUCUUCCGCUGUAUAAGCUUUAAGCUUAUUUUAUUUUUCCAGCUUAGUAAAUUUAAAAUAAACUCAAAAUUAAAUUUGGAUUUUAGAUUUUUUAAGCUACCUUUGUUAAAGUUAAAUAAUUUUUAAGUUUUUACCAAACAGGGCAAUAAAAACUUUGAUCCCACCAAAUUAAUUAGAAACUACAGAAAUAUAGAGGGUUGAACAUCUAUUUAUUUAUUAUUUACCAUUUUAGACAAGCUAAUAUGUCGGGAAAAAGAAAAAAAAAAGAAACUACAGGCAGAAGGUUUGCCAAAUACAAAGGUAAGAAAAUUACCAAAAAGGAAAAAAAAAACAAAAAAGAAAAAAGAAGAGAAAA